AUGGUGCGUAAUGAGGUUAGGAACAUCACUCAUUCAGUCGAUGGGAAAUCUGUAUCUGAAGUUUAUCGUGUGACAAUCUAUUGGAUUAAUGCUGAGCCAUUUGUUUAUGGUGAGCAUCGGCUGUCCAAUUUCUUCAAUCAUGGUGCCUUUAAGCUUGUCCUGUGGCUGCUUUCUAGCUCAUAA